AUGGCAGCGGCCUCAUACUUGUCGGACUCGUUGGAUUUGAACAAAUCAUCUUCAAGCGACCAAUCUUUGUCUGACCGGAGCUCUAACAGAAGUCUGAGAGUCGCUGAAAAAGAGAGACGGAAAAAAGAGGCCAAGGACCCGUUUGUUCUGGCCGUAAAGUAUUUCUCUGACGUUAAGGCAGGUACUCCAGUGAUUGGCAAUGAUGUCGUUGAGAGGAACCUGGUUGUGGUGGAGGCGGUGGCGCACAGUAAAGGACUUCCACCUGAAGCCAUCUCUGUGAUGCUGGAGUUUGCCAUGAGCCUUCGUAUGGGAACAAGCUUAUGUGCCAGAGUGCUCAAGUGUCUGAUCCCUGCUACAGUGGUGCCUCAAGAGGCUGUGGUUCGAGCUGUAGGUUGGCUGGGUGUCUCUAAAAUUCCUACAAGUACACAAGUUCUUUUCAUUAAGUGGGUGCUCACUGUUUUUGACAUGAUUGAUGCAAAAGAUAAACUAAGAGCCAUAUAUGGCUUCAUUUUCAGCUAUGUGAGAGAUGAAAACCUGUGUCCCUACAUCUGCCACCUGUUAUAUCUUCUGACCACAAAGCAAAACGUUCAAGUAUUUCGGGUCCGAAAGCUACUCGAACUGCAAACCAAACUGGGAAGACAGCCCUUCCUUUUGCACCUACUGUCUCUUUAUAAAGUAUUUUGUCCUGAACUAGUGACACUCUCUGUUCCGUCCAGAAUGAGGAGUGGGUUCAGGAAUCACAACUCACCCUGGAAAUGUGCAUUAGCAUUAGUCCAGAAGAAGAAUGGAGUUUUACUUGACCCCAAUGCCGGUGUGACCCUCACGGUUAAAGAUCAGAGCAAGUCAAGGAAAAGGAAACACUGCCGCUUGGAACUGGUAAAGCUGAGUUGUGCGCUUAAUAAGGAGUCUCAGACUGAGUCUUCCUCCAGCACAAAAUUAGUCCCUCUGGCGCAGCUACGGACCUUUGCCGAGCUGUUGGAGAACAUGCAUCGUAUAGAGCUGCCAGCUCAAAUGGGCUCUCUGCUGUCCACCAGUGUGGCUCUGCACUACCUGGACUGUGUGCAGGAUGAGUCGGCCCUCCUUCGCCUCAACCUCUGGUUGGGCUAUGUGCUCCAAGAAGACUUUUUGUUUUGCCAAGAUGGAGGCACGAGCCAGAAUUCCGACAAGGCGCUUCACUUUUUAAGCAGGCUGCUGAUGGCAAACCAAUUUCUCCAAGAGGGGUUUUCUAGUUCUGAAGCAUUUCUUUACAAAUUCCUCACUGUUUGGGACGGGUUCCUCAUGCGACCACAGAUUCUCGGCCUGCUGAGCAACAUUUACGUGGUCCCAAGCCACAAGAUGGGAACGCUUUUGUUUGAGCCGCUUAAGCAACUCUACUUCACUUCCUCCCUGUUUUUCAAGUGUGGGCUGUUGGAAUGUCUAAACAACAUGCUGCGAAAAUGGCUGACCUGGCACUCUGUCUACGCUCUGGAAGAUGAUAUGGACAUCAGCAUAAACAGCCAUACCUCAAUACACAUUACUCUGUCAGGAUUUAAGGAUUCAGUGUUCCAGCUGGUGCAAUUUGUGGGUCACCUGGCCACCGUAGGGCUGCAGGUGGAAAGCUGCCACACGCUCCUGCUCAACUUUGUCCUGGAGUUUUACGAGACGGUGUGUGACAUGUUUCUGCAGUAUGGGCUCCCGCUCAUUGUGAUUCCGCCGCCUGGCGUUUUCUACCCGGCGCUGCUCGCCACUGACCCCGUCAGUGUGGACCGCCUGGCCUACAUCAUGUACAAAUACAAAGUGAACCUGGCAUUUUACAAAAGUCAGGAGAAGAUCAUAAAGUCUUUGCCCAGCAGUCGUCAGACCGUCAUCGAUUUCAACCACUACCAAGUUGACAUGGUCAACUACCUAUGGAAUGGCAAGAUGUUCCUGAGUGUCAAUCUGCAGCUGAAUGAAAAGUUGUUUGGAAGUAGCAAAGUCCCUGAUUGCGCCAAAAGUUUUGACCUCGUCCAUCACCCGGCCUUCAUGGGCUACGCGGUCGACUUUCAUCGCAAGCAUUGGCCUAGUAGGAGAGACCUGGAUCUCCAUUCCAUCAAGGGCACCAAUGUGUGGGACAGGUACUUGGAGUAUCUCUUCUCGCAAGGCUAUAAAGGCCUGAAACACUUUGUGCAAACCAACACCAAGCUGCCAUCGAGGAGCCGUGAAGACAGCGUGGCCUCUGAAGCAUAG